AUGGGUUCUGUCAACAAGGAAGCUCUUCGCUUCGACGAGAUGGAGGUCCAGGAGAAGGCCGCCUUCGACGAUGUCAUCCGCCCCAAGGACUGUUAUGCCGCCGACGGCACCUACUGGGCUGAUCUGCCGCUGAGCCAGCGCAUCCGAUUCUGCAUGGAUCAGGAUCGCACUGAGGCCCGCAAGGAGUUCUCCUGGCUCUGGACCGAGUUCAAGAACGAUCCUCUGUCCCCCAUCUCUCACUACUUCAAGAACUUCGUUCUUCCCGGUGCCGGUCUGGGUCUCGAAGGUUACGUCCUCUUUUCCAUUGGUAACAACUCCGCUCUGUUCAAGGCCUCUUUCAAGAGCUGCUGGACAGGCAAGACUUGCGACCCUAACUGGAUUGCUGCUGUCAACUAUAUGGAAGUUGUUGGUAUCUUUGUUGGUCAAAUUCUCGUCGGUUAUCUGGGUGAUGCUAUCGGUCGUCGCUGGGGUCUGAUUCAGGAUGCCGGCAUCAUGUUUGUGGGUCUCCUCAUGCUGGUCGCUGCCUGGGGUGUCACGGAAAAUGGUUGGAUUAUCUGCUACGCCUGGUCGCUCUUCUUCUACUCCAUCGGUGUUGGUGGUGAAUACCCCAUGACUGCCACCAUCGGUAUGGAGAAUGGCUACGGCUCCGGCAAGAUUGUCACGUCGCAGGAUCGUCUGCACCGUGGCCGCUCUGUGGUCGGUGCCUUCAUGAUGCAGGGUUGGGGUCAGUUCGCCAACCAGGCUAUUCUCAUUCUGCUUCUGUUGAUCUUCCACUCCGGCUCCGGUUCCCUGCCCAUCUCGGCCACCACUACCCAGUGGACCUACCGUGUGUCGUUUGCCAUUCCGGCCGUGGGUACCGCCUGGCUCGUGUACUACCGUACCUACCACAUGCGCGCCGCCAGCAAGCAACUGGAGGCCAACAAGAAGAAGUCCUCCGUGACUGGCUACGAUACCGAGUCUCUCAAGCUCACUUUCCGCCACUUCACCCCGCGUCUGAUCGCUACCGCCGGUGGCUGGUUCGCCAACGAUGUCUUCUUCUACGGUAACAAGCUCUUCCAGGGUAACUUCAUCAAGGUUAUCAGCCCUGGCCACAGCAACAAUGUCAUCACCGACUGGCUCUGGAAUCUUGCCAAUAUCGGUGUCAGUCUGGCGGGCUACUACUGUGCGACCUGGUUCGUGGACACUAAGCUCUAUGGACGCAAGUGGAUGCAGAUCGUCGGUUUCCUGAUGUGCUUCAUCCUCUUCGUGGUCCCCGCCUUCAACUUCAAGUACUAUACCGAGCCUGCCCACAUCCACUCGUUCCAGGCGAUGUACUACCUGAGUUCGUUCUUCAACCAGUUCGGACCUAACUGUAUCACCUUCCUCGUCGCUGCCGAGUGCUUCCCUACCCCCAUUCGCGGUACCGCUCACGGUCUCUCUGCUGCCGCCGGCAAGCUCGGUGCCCUGAUCAUUGCCAUUAUUGGCUCCUACACUACCACCCAGCAGCAGUUCUACAUUGUGCCCUGGUUCGGACUCCUCGGUGUCUUGGUCACCUGGCUCUUCCUCCCCGAUACCACCGGUCUGGAUCUGCGUGAGCAGGAGCGUCGCUGGCGAUACAUCCGCGAGGGGCGCGAGCACGACUACCACGGUCCCGCCGUGCACUCCAAGCACUUGUCCGUUUGGGAGCGCUGGACCGGUAAGGGUAAGCACUACGAUGCUGAUCUCGACUACCAGAUGAAGGUCGAGGAGUUCCGCGCCGAGUGGGAGGCCGCCAUGGCUGCUCGCGGUGAGGAGACCACUCUCUACGAUCUGGAUGACGUUGAUGAGAACAUCCUCCACGGUGACAUGCACAAGUACUUUGAGCGUACUAGCCCGGAGAUCCGCGGUAUGCGCAAGGAGAUGCCAGAGCCUGUCAGCCUUCCCGCUGCUAUGGCUUCUUCCACUGAGGACCAAAAGACCCUCGGCGAGCACUAG